UUCCAGUUUUUGUGAUUGCUGCUUAGUAAAGACUGCAGCUUUGUGUGGGAGAACAGCGAGAGAACAGCUCCAGACCGAAGUGUUAUGGCUCAGUUUGACUGCAGAGAUGACGAUAGCCGCUGUUUGAGCAGUAGCAUUAUCACUAAUCUACACUCCUGUUUUGAAAACAGUCACUCAGUGAGUAAUUGUAGCGGGGGCCCAGAUGAGAGCAGUGACUCCAUGAGUCAGGUGGAGGUUUACAGCCCUUCCAGAGACAUGUCUUCAGCUCUUAGAUCAGUGGCCUUAAUGCACACAUUGGAUCUGAAAAAAAUACAUGCACCUGGGCUGUUCUCAGUACCGAGACCCGAGGAGGAGAAUCCAACUCUGUCUCUAUUGAAUAAUCAGGAUACAAGUCCAGAAGGGGCAGCAGAUCUAGCUGAGGAGGAAGUGUUGAGUAUUUCAUUCCAGUCAAAGUACAUUCAUUUUUUCCCACUGUAUCAGGAUUACUGUCUGCAGGCGGUGAAGAAGGACGUGCUCAGACUGAACAAGAGUUUUGUGUCUGAACUGAUAACAACCCAGUAUCUGCCGGGUCUACAGUCCCGCCUUAGUCCUCACUGCCAUUCUGAGCCUACAUCCCCUCAGUCCAACCCUCCUGAUGAGACUCCAUCCUCUCCUCUGCCUCAGCCAAUCAGGGUGACUCCGUGCACCCUUUGGCAAGAUCUAGAUGAGGUGAAGGCGUCUGGCCUGCUCAGCAGUUUGACAACCAGAGAGAUUCGCCUUCAGGAGUCAAUGUUUGAGUUGAUCGGCUCUGAAGCGUCCUACCUACAGAGCCUUGGAGUUGCUGUCAGUCAUUUCUAUGCCUCCAAGGCACUGAAACAAACUCUCUCUCGAAUGGAGCAUCACAUUUUGUUUUCCAACAUUCAGCGUGUGAUGGCUGCCAGUGAAAAGUUUCUAAUGGCUCUAGAAAUCCGACUGGGAGAGAGUGUGUUCAUAUCUCACAUUGGAGAAGUUGUGCUCCAGCACUGCCCAGAGUUUCACAGCCUCUAUGUCCCAUAUGUGACGAACAUGAUGUACCAAGAGGUCCUUCUCAACCAGCUGCUGCAGCAGAACAGAGACUUUGUGUAUUCAAUAAAGAAGCUUGGGAGUGACCCAGUGUGUCAAAGACAGAGCCUCAAGUCAUUCCUUGUACUUCCCUUCCAGAGAAUUACUCGCAUUAAACUCAUCCUAGAGAGCAUCCUGAAACUGACUGAGCCAGGCUCCGACUCCAUUUUAAAUCUCAAAAAGGCAAUAGAAGCCAUUCAUGAGAUAGUAACAGAGUGUGACAAGGGGGUCAGAAAGAUGAAACAAACUGAGGAGCUGGUCUGCAUCGAAUUGCUGCUGGAUUUUGGCAAAGUUAAGUCUGUUCCUCUGGUCGUGAGCGAGCGUUUUCUGGUGCACCAGGGUCCCGUGAGACAGCUGACUGCGGAGGUCACUUACAGCUCAAGAGUGCCUUUCAUCAGCGUCUACCUCCACCUCUUCAACGACCUUUUGAUCAUCUCCUCCAAAAAGGAUCAGAGGUUCACAGUUGUGGAUUAUGCUGAAUUCCCCACGCAUGUCCACCUGGAGCAUCUGAAGACUGAGGUCCUUGGUGUCCCCCCAGACUCCUUCCUGUUGCAUCUCUCUCAAAGUCAAACCGGACAUCCGACCGCCAUGAUACUUGUUACACACACAAGGUCAGAUAAAGAGGCGUGGAUGACGGCGCUCUCGUCUAAACCAUGACAGAAUGAGAACGUGAUUCUAAGAUUUUGAUUUUGUACAUCAAACUUAAACUGUUUUAAUUUGCACAUUAGUGAUAUAUACAUUUGAUAAGUUGUUCACUCUUUAAAGUUUAUCUUGACUGCACUUAAUAAUGUUAAUAACAUGAAGCAUUCAAACAUACACUGAACUCAUCACAAUUAGACACACGUGGGAGUAAGGGGAUACUUUUUAUUUCAUUGUUGGGAAUAUUUGUUUUUACUUGCAUUAAGUCACUAACUUUUGUUAAGCACUGUGCCUUUUUUUUUUUUUUUGAAUUUUUUGAAAAUGUUUUUCUGACCUCAUCAGAUCAGCCUAAUGGAACAAAAAUGCAUCAACUGAAUAAAGAUGGUGACUUGA